AUGGGUAGUACUUCCGUUAAUACUAACUUUACAGUACAGGUUUGUUCCGCAUUAUCACUAAGCAAUAAGAAUUUCCGUUCUUCGCCUUAAACUUUCCCCGAUUUUCGUUGUCCAUGAUAUUGUUUCACAAAAUCGCCGACAGAAUGGACUUCCGCUGUCAGCGCUAAAAAUUUCCCCCUUAUUUGUAUAGCUUCAGUUAUCUGAUACUUUUUUAAGUCUGUGGUAAAUUUCUCUUUCCUUCAGCAAUCUGUCGUUGUCGAGAUGGGACUCAUUUUCGUAAUUCUGAAGCACUGUGUCAGCAAAGAAAAGAGAAGAUUCACAGAUGAUGGAUUUGACCUUGAUCUAACUUGUAUCCUUCUUCACAAACGGAGGAAGUAAUUCGAAUUUUGACCUUGCGGGUGAUUACGGGUAUAAACAACGAGGGUUUCGGGAUUCUGGCCCAGUUCUCUGUAUGAGACCAUAUUUGGGUGAGCACCCUCGGCAUGCCUCAAAUAUGGCGGCCAACCUAAGAUAUGUGAUGGUCUGUCUGGCCUAAUUGUCGUAAUGUACUGUAGAAUUCUGCAGUUACUGACAUAAUUAUCGGUGAAGGUGUCAUUGAAGCAUGUGUCAGCGGAGGAAGAGCCAAAAUUAACAAACAGAAGCGGGUUGCUCAAGAAGUUUUUCGUUAACUCACUCGAUAACAAGUCACCCUCUGAGAUGGCAUAUUUCAAAGCUCUCGUGAGUAAGAAGAAACGGCGGUUUCAGGAAGAUGGGUUUGAUUUGGAUUUAACAUGUAUCCUUGUUUGCACUAAUGAUACGGCCGUGCGUAUUUAUGUUUAAUAGCAAGAACGUAUUUACAUCAGCUACUUGAUCUCUAAACUAAGCGCGCUGCAGUGGUCAUUUCACAAGCCAACCGUUGCAGUGUCGAGGAAUUGGUGUAGAAGUUAAGGGUCUUUAAGGGCUCUUUUUUUAACUCGUAUAUUUCACUUUGAGCUAAAUUGUUAUUUGAAGUUUUCAGGGGUAUUAAUAAUUUUCUGUGCUCUUCGCAAAAGAUCGACCAUUACAUUCUGUUUAUCGAUUGGUACGUACGUUCAACAUGAAUCUGUGCUGGGCAAUCUUGUAAUCUGUGCAGUUGCUUUAAUAGGGGUCGCGUAUUUAACUCGGCUUCUGGUGUUUGAUUUUCUCCUUCAUUUAAGCUUUCCGUAAAAUCGAAAUAAUCUUUUCAUCGUAUUUCUCAUACGUCAUUGCAUAAUUAUUUAUUUCUGGGGCCGUUGCUCAGACGGCUUAGAUACGACUCAGCAAAAUAUUGUCUAGUUGCUAAGAUAUUUUACAAGCUUCCGCUUUCCUGUAAGAUUGUUUGAACUGUACAAUAUCCUUGAAGUUGAAACAAAUAUAAAAACUCUUUAAGAAUUAUUUUUAGUGGUGAAUUUGUGGUAAAAAAUGCAUAGUUUCGCUAAACGUUUCUUGAUUUUUCAAGGAGAAGUGAUAAUUUAAUCAAUCCUGAGCUUCCAGAGGUUAUGAGAAGUAAUUGUUAAUUUAGCAUUUUAAAAUUUUUGUCACAAUGGUGCUUCAAUCAUGUUUUUGUGUUUUUGUUCUUUAACUAAUUUGUCUCCCAGAUAUUAAACCAAAUAUAGUGGCAAUGGGUUUUCCAUCAGAUAAUCUUGAAGGAGUGUAUAGAAAUCACAUUGAUGAGGUCCUAAGGUAACACAAGUGUCUCUCUGCCUGUCCAAUAAUUUGUGAACUCUGAGCCUCAGAGUAAAAUUUGAAAUUUAAUUUCACAUUACUAUUAAUUUUUCUUGACAACUGGUGCUCAAAAGCAGAAACAAAUUGGAUUAUAAUCAUCCAACCAUGACCCUCUGAACCCAAUGCAACAUGGCACAUGUUUUCCCCAGAUUUCAGAAACAUGAUUAACAGUAGGUUAAACACUUUCCCAAUGUUGCAUCUCCUAUUCCAUAGUUCACAAUCUCUUACAAUCUUCUACUUGUAUCAAACUAAGUGUCAUGAAGCAUAUAGGAAUUAUUCUUUUUGUUCUUUCAUGGUUCAUAGUUUGUGUGUUAUUGAAAAUGGUAAUAAGCAUUGUUAUUGUGCGGAGAAAACUGUUGUUAAAAAAUCUUUAAAAAAAGGCAGUACAAAAUCUGGUUGUUUCUAUAACUUUUUUCAUAAGUGGCUGCUGAUGGUGUAAUAGGAAGCUAUACUUGGAAAAACGGGUUGUAAGCAAAACCAAGCAUGGGAGCUUGGCAACAGGCUAAACAGGCAACAGCAAGAGGUCUUAUAGGCAUAGGUAGAAUGCCAGUAACUGGCUUUUAUAGAAGCACCCGACCAUGGUAUCAGCAAGGCCUCAUGGCCCUGUAUAUAGCCAUCUGAGAUGCAAAAUGCAAGAAGAAAGAGAAGUAGCUACAGUCGCAUGAUUAAGUCUCUGCAGCUGCAUUAUAAAAUCUCUUGUGACUGAGUUAGAUCAGCUGGACUGGAAAAUCCUUGCUGUGUUUGUUUCAUGUGCUUUUACCUUGAACAAAAUAUUUUGAUUCCUGUUUGCUGUGUGGGUUGAUGUAAAGAGAGUAUUGUGCAGUUAAGGUUUCUUUAGAAUAUAAGUCUAAAUUUGGUCAAGUUUUGGUGCUGUGUUUGUCCAGUGGCAUACCUGUUUUGAAUUGCUGAUAUAGUAAUACAAUUGUAACUUGUUUACUUUUCUGUCGACAGAUUUCUGGAAACAAGGCAUAAAGAUCACUACAAGGUUUACAAUUUGUGAGUAAUGCAAGCAUUCAAUUUGUAGAAGCUAGCCAAUGCAAUUUGACUUAUUGACUAGGUGCACUUUAUAAAUACAUUAGGGAAAAGAACUCAUUCUGACAAGUACUGUACAUAUUGUUUGGAAUGAAACAGUCCUGUGCAGUCCAUUUGGGCUGACUGAAAAGUCUAGCCAUGAAACAAGCUCAAUUUUGAGUAAGUCCUUAAUGGCAAACUGGAUUGUUGAUUUAUUUGGGCAUGUUAUUGAAAUAAAAAUAAAUGCACCAAGAAAUUAUCAAAAAGUUUUUCUGAAAAUGGCUGUGUAGGGUGGCAGUGGGAGCUGCAACUGUGAGAAGGGUCAUAUAGAUCACAGAAGUCUCACACAAGGUCUAAUAAAAAGCAAGAGACUGAUUGUAACCUGCUUUCAUUGCAACCCCUGAACCAUUAUAAAGAGCACAGUUGGUGCAAUUCAUUUUUUUUCUCAUUAUACACACAGAUGUUCUGAAAGAAACUAUGAUCCAGUCAAGUUUAAAAACAGAGGUAAGUUAGCUUACUACUGUUAGUCAGUUUCGUUUUUGAUCAGGAGUUCUGGUUAUUAACAAGAUAUGGGUUCUUGGCUGUUUUGCCACCAGUCAAUCCAAAAUAAAAGUUACAUCUGUGAUAGAGUGUGCAAAACAAAACCAAUUUUUAAUCCUGGGUCAGACAAAACUCACCUGUAGGAGAGCUUUGUAGGAGAGCUUUGAACAAGCCAGUCACAUGACAUGUUGUUUGACCACCAACUAUCGUGUUAAAGUAGAAUAUUUACUACAUUUUAAAUUAAAGCUUAGCAUUUCUGGGGUUUUUAUCUUGCAUUUGUGUCAUGUAAAGAAAAGCUGAAGAAUGUUUACAAAACCCAGUGAAAUUAAAUUAAUUUUGUAAUAUUUCCAUAAUAUCAUACUAUUGGUACUUUGAAAUAUUUCUUGUGUGUCAGAAAUUAAAUGAGUAUUUUACUCUUUAGUUCAAAAUCCAGAAGGUUAUUUUCAUAUUCUUUUUGUAUUACUGUACUUUGUAUGUAAAAAAAGAAAAAAAAGAAAAAAAAGAGACUGAAUGGUACAUUAAUAUGGCCUAUUUUCUUUAGUUGCCACCUACCCAUUUGACGACCACAAUGCACCUCCAUUUGAGCUGAUUGAGCCGUUUUGUGUUGAUGUGCAUGAAUUUCUGAAUGAAAGUGAGCAGAAUGUAGCUUUUAUUCACUGCAAAGCUGGCAAGGUAAAGAGCUUAUCCCUGUAAUUGAACCUUGGUUGUUCACAAGGGAGAAUAUUAUCAGAGCUAAGAAUUCCUUUGAUAUGAAACUUAUAACAGCCUUGCUUCAUGUAGAGUCACUGUGGCUCAGUGGUAGUGUCUCUAUAUGAGUGCAGAAUCCAAAGCUUAAGGUUUGACUCCUCACAAGAACUCAGAAUUUUUUCAUUGUCUAAUGUUUGUGACAAGACAAAAGAAUAUUUGCCUUUAAUUCUGUCAAUUCUGUUUGGUGAAAAUCUUUCAGAAUUGGGGAUACGGAAAAGUAAAGUUGAAUUGCGAAAACGGAGUGGUGAAGGGAUCAUCCUUUUUAGUGAUAUUGUGUGACUAGAUAAUUAUACUACUGUAAGAAGUCUACUGCACUUGAAGUAGGGAACCUCAACAGGUUUUUAAACUUUGACUUUGCAAUGUCAUGAGGAUGGUCUUAUCAACUAGCAGCUUAAGCUAUGAGAAGGGAGAAAUUCAAAUUUGGCUUGAAUGUAUGUGUUUGGUAUCAGAAUGGGAUUAAUUUAUUGUUAAAAUAUGAUUCAUAUCAACAGUGGAAAUUACAUUCGAUAAGGAAAUUAUUCUUGGAGUGAAACUGCCAGCAAACAUCAAAGGUCAUAGGUUAUGGAGCCUGUCAAAGUCUUAAAUUUGCUAUAAAAGCCUUAAAGUUGACAAGUUGCUUACUGCAAGGAUUGUUUCAUCAUUUUAACAAUCCUAUGGUUGCUUAUUUUGAAUCCAUUAAGUUUACAGCUAUCAGCUACAUUAUAUUCAUUGUCUGCAUCAUCUGUUCUGUACGUUUCUUUUGAAGGGCCGGACAGGAGUUAUGAUAUGUGCAUAUUUGCUUCACAAUAAACAUUUUUUUGAGAGUGAUGGGGCACUAAAGUAUUAUGGAGAAGCAAGAACAAGAAAUGCAAAAGGUGUAACAAUUCCCAGUCAAAGGAGAUAUGUUCUUUACUACAAUCAUCUUCUUACACAUGGACUGGAGUAUACUCGCACAAUGGUAUUACUGAAGAAAAUUGAGAUGCUUUCUGAUCAAACCCUCUUAAACACCUUUAGUAAGUGAUCUAUGGCUAAUUGGAAUGUUAAUAAUUAAAAAUAAAUGUAAGUUGCCUUCAAAGUGAUGUUAAGGUGUUUUGACGGAACAGGUUUGUGGCUGAGGCAUUAGGCAGGGCACUUUUGAGACUUGGUGCAUACAUGUGUGUGUAAAUCAAGAUAUGAAGCACAUGCAAAGGUUGGAGAGCACCCAAGAUUUGUUAUUAAGGGGCAGCCAAGAGCCACUUCAGCUUUUAGAGUGCUGUCUAAACACUGUACAUGCUUGAUAAUCUCCACGAAGGCACAGCUUACAAAUGAACAUGCAGUAGUUUAAAUAUUGUCUGAAGUGAAAUUUCCUUUGUGGGGGUUCAAUGUGUAGACAUUUGUCACCAAGGUACAUAGUAUGAGUGUGAAGCAGAUUUGAUUUUAAUUAUAAUUAUUUUUGAAUUCUUCAAAUGGAAUGGAUAUUUGUUAAAUGAUUGUCAAGACCUGGAGAUAGUGAAAAGAAAACUAAUUAACAAUUGGUGCAUACGUCAGCGUGUGUUCAUCGAGAUUUGAAGCAUGUGGGAAGUUUGGAGAGCACGAAAGAUGCGUAAGAGUUGUUCGAGGCAUAGCCGAGAGCAACUCUAGCUUCUUGAGUGCUCUUCAAACUUCCAAGUGCUUCAUAUCUUGAUGAACACACAGCUGACAUAUGAACCAAUUGUUUUAUAACAUGUUCAACCAGAUGGAAAAUUUUUUUUCUCGAGGGAUUUGUUUGCUGACAUCAUGAGCGUGCACAAUAGGAAUAUGAAGCACGCUUGCGCAAUUGAAUUUGAUUACAUAAAUUUACCAGCUAUGUUAUAAUAGAGGUUAACCCUUUAACUCCCAAGAUCUGAUUUUUAAUUCUCCCCUCUAGCUGUUACACUUUUCCUUGUAAAUUAGUUUUGAGAACUUAGUGUUAGAUCAAGAUAGCAGCUUCUACCUGAUAAGUUUGAUAUUCUCAUUACCUGUUUGCUGAAUAAUGUAAGGAUAUUGUUGGGAGAAGUUUUAUGUUAAUCACUUCUGGGAGUUAAAGGGUUAAGUGAGGAUGGAGAGAGGUCUGGAUUUUUAAAAAGGCUGUAUCAAAAUGCCUGACUGCUGAGGGAAAUGUUUGUAAGGUUGCUUAAUUUACAUGAACUAGGUAAACCAGUAAACAUUUUGGUGAAGAUAAUUUGGUAUGUAAAUUCAGCUUUCAAACAGAGAUUGCAAAUAUUAUUGGUGGAUGUACCCUUAUGGACAAAUCCUUGUGAAGUACUCUUCUCUUCAGACAAAUUGAUUAGACUCUGAUCUUUUCUCUAAGGACUCAAACUAACCUUAAACUUAAUGUCUUGUACUGCUUUCAGAUCCAUAUUACAUCAUUUGGCAACAGAAGGUGAACCUUUAUCAGUCUAAAGUUACUGAGGUAUGAUUCCCUUGAGUGUUAUCAGUGUUCAAUUAAUUCCUACAGCUUUAAUAAUUAUGAACAACAAGGGGAUGAAAAUAUGCAUAGUGUGCUUUGUAGUACAUGAAAUACAUUUGAAUGUGAUUUUUGAGAGGUCAGAGUUCCAUCCCUGAUAGGGCCAUUAAAUUGGGUUCCUGGGUAAGACUGUGUAGUCUUACUGUAUCUCUUUGCACCAGAAAAUGGAAGAGCCAACAGUUAGAAAAUCUGGAACAAAUGUUGAGUUCUAUGAAGGAAGGACUGGUAUCUGGCAAAUUAAUGGUGUAGACUUUGCAUGAUAAGUACAACUACAUGUGGUUGCUUGCGAUAAAUGAAGGAAACCAUGCAAGCUUUCUUGAUAGAGAGAAAUUGCCAUGAAAAGGAUAUCCAUGUGAGGGGGUUAAGUUAUUCAGGGGAAAACAAAAAAAAUAACCUUAAAUCCAUUGGGUCUCAUAUUGCAUGCAUUUUUUCAGUUUUAAGGUGUCAACAUUUGCACAAUCAGUUGUAUACUAUUUACAUAAUCAGUGGUUUGGUUUAUCAUUGUUACUUUCUAAGUGUGGUAGUCAUCUUCAUUAUCAUUCAUCUUCCAAUGUUUGGUUCAAAGGGAAGGAAAUGUGACAAAGGAUUUAUGUUUGAGCCGAGUCAACCAAUUCCAAUUUGUGGUGACAUCAAGAUAGAAUUCUUCCAUAAAGACAUGUUUAAAAAGGUGAGAUGCAGCUUACAGAGUUUACCAUAAUAACAGCCAUCAUACCUGUCUACAGCAGUGUAAUAAUUGGGUAAGAGAAACCUGCAAAAUAAAUAAGGGCCUUGAGCUUGUGCCCACAAACCACCUGUAUGAAGUCAGUGAUGUUGACAGUACAUUUAGUUCUCUCCAAACUCAACCUUUUUGAAAUAAUUUUGAUUUUCUUCCUGUUAGAGGAAUGGCCAUGAGUGUAGUCUCUUGCAACUGUUAUUUGGUCUUGUCAUACAAUGGCUCUCUCCUCAAUGGAGAAUAGAGGGCAUUGUGUGACGAUUUUGACCUGCCCGGCUAAAAAACAAUAAUUCUUGCAUGCUAUGCAUGCCUAUGUUUUAAUUAAAGUCCUCAUUCGACAACAUUCAGUUUAAUCAUAAAAUAUUGCCCAAAGCGACUUUUAGUUUCAAGUAAAUUUUUUUUUGCAUUAUUACAACAAAAAAAAUUUGAGGAAGUGGUUAUCUCUCUUCAACUUAGGAACUUGAAACUAGCUAAGUAAUAGAAUUGUUAAAGUUUGCAUCUUUUUUGCUGAACUCUGGUCACUAAAUUAAAGGCCUCAUGUAUAAAGUACAAAUAUAUUCUCAUGAUAGGCAGAACACAUUGUAGCCAUUGUUAACAGAAUCACACAAGAGAAAAAUUGCAACCUUGCUGCCAAUGUCAUUGGUCUUGUACAUUUUGUUAAUGUACAAGGAUGUUUUGGUUCAAAUUCCUUUCUUAUUUCAAACUUUUCAAAUCAGUUUUAUCUUUUAAUUUUCUUUGUCUUGUAAACAAAUGGAAAUUAAGUCAGACAAGCUCCUUUUGAAAAAUUGUUGACAAGAAAAGCAAAACCUGAACCACAACAAAAAUGGUUAUGAUGCUUUUUUUUCUUACUUCUUAUUUUGGUAUAUUGAAUAUUCAUGCUCCAAAAUUUUGAAGUAGGCAUCAGACUCUGCAAAAGUAGGUGACAGUGAAAAAGUCAUUUAGGGCCAAAAAGGUAAUUGUUUUGACCAGAGUAAGUGGCAACUUAUAAAUUAUCAAGCAGGCGGCAGAACUCUGGCAUUCACUGGCUUGUUUUAAAACCCUGAUAAUGAUAGCCUCUGGUCUCUCAUUCAUGUCAUUAAUCAUUUAUAGCCACAUAUGUGUGCUUGUACAAGUUACGUACUAUAUAUUCAUUGAAAUUUCAAUCCUAUACAAAGACUGCACCAUAACAUUUGAUUUUUAUGUGAAUUUGUUUCUAUCAGGAGAGACUUUUCCAGUUUUGGUUUAACACAUUCUUCAUAAGUCAAGCUGCUUGGACAGAAGAAAUCCAGGAAGAUGAGCCAACUCUUCAUACGUUUGAACUUGAUCCUAAUCUACGCUAUUUUGACAUUGGAAAGGAUAAUCUUGACAAGGCACACAAAGAUGCCAAAGAGAAGAUGUUUAAGUCAGAUUUUAGGGUGAGUGGAAUAUUGAAUGGCACACAGUCAUCUAAGAAUCAACAUUUAGAAAUUCUAGCUAAUUUCUUCAAAACACAAAUGAUUUCAGCUUUGAUGCCUGCACAUGGGAGGUUUAUGGUUAAUAGCAAUUAAUUCAAAGUCUUUUGCCAUUGCAGAUUCGUGUCACAUUUUCAGAAGUCACAAUGACGCGGGUAGUAAGUGCAGCAAGUGUAGAAAGUGCAGCAAGUGCAGCAAGUGCAUCAGUUUCAUCAAUUGCAUCAAGUGCAUCAUUGCCUAGGAAACAUGUACGGGGGUUAUCAUCAAAGACCUUGAAAAGUCGCUCUAUGGAUUCACUAGAAACUGUUGGUCAGGAAAAUGCAGAGGAUGACUUUUCAGACUCUGACACUGAGGUGAAGUGGGAUUUAGAAGACCAAAGGAGCUCUGUAGUUGAAUAUGUUUAAAAAAUAGAAAUCUGGUAGUUCUGAGGAAAUUUCUAGGACCAUAAAUUAUAAUUUUUGUAAUAAAUAGGCCAGUAUGACUUUGUUUUGGCAGUAUUAGGUGAGUUUAAUGUACUUGUACAUUGUUUGAAAUAUAGCAAUUCAAAACUACAUGUUAUGUGAGUAGAUACAGUACUUCAUCAGGAUGCCUGUACAUAUAUUCUAACUCUGAAUCUCUUACGGAUAGAAAUAAUAUUGUUUUUGUGCGACACUGGUUGGAUUUAGUACCCUGUUUCCAAAAGGUCCUUUACUGUUUACUUUCGAUCAUUUGGUGGCCAAUGGAGAGGAGAAAUUUUGGCAGCAUAAUUUACUAAUUUGGCGACUUGAUUGACUACAAUAACAUGCUUGUCUGAUAGUUAUUCCUAUGGUCACCAAAAGGUUUGCUUUUUACAUUUGUUAUUGCUUGUUUUCAUGGAAGCUUGGUUAUGUGAAAAAGAAAUAGAUAUAUUUUGUCAUGUUAAAUGUUGUGACUUUGUUUAUAAAAAUUAUUUUGAAAGGAACUUGAUUUCACCAAAAAAAAAAAAAAGAUGUGAAGAGCUGAUCCACGUGAAAAAACUAAGGCAGCAAAAUUUUAUCAUGUUAUUUUGGAGUAAAGUAUUCAACAGUGCUGUAUCUGUAAACUGUGAUUACAAGAUAGAUUUAUUUUAAAAAUUUAUCUCUUUUUUACAUUGAAAGCAUAACUUGGUCUAUAGAAGCUCUUGAAACAGACUGCAGAGUCAGUUUCUUUUUGUAAUCAUAAAAAAACAUGUAUCAAAACAUUUAGUAUUCUUAUGAAUUCAUCUUUGUAAGAUUUUCCUUCAUCUUUUAAUGUUUUGUUUUUGUAAAUGAUCAAAUGUCAGGUGGCAUUGAAAUAAGUACUGAUAAAUAGUUUUUUUUCAUAUAAUUAAAGUAAUUGAAUUGGACCAUUUUGUACAUCUCAGUAAAAGGAAAAUAUAUAGUUUGUUUAUUUGUGUGCCUAUGCAACAUUUACUGGACAAAAAUGUAAAUUAUUUGAUUGAGAUCACUUUUCAUACUUACAUUCCAAGGGUGGAUCCAGGAUUUAGUGAAGGUGGAUUUGGAUAAAUGUCUACUGAAAGGUGAAGAAUUCCAGGGUGAAGGUGUUAAAAAAAUUAUGAAGUGUUUUAAGGGAUAAUAACAGAAAAAAAAACUGAGGAAUAUGCAUGUGUUUCAAUGUUUUUCAGGUCAGUGUUGGGGGGUGUUACCAAACCACCUAAACCACCUCUGGAUCUGUCCCAGCAUUCUAGGCAUGAGUGUAAAUCUCAGUGCAACUGUUUUCUUUAUCCUCUAUCUGGUACAGCUGAAGGUUCCAAUAUUACACUUUUAAUCAACAUGAUAUUGACCAUUCCCCAAGGCUUAGUGGCCACCAAAAAGGAUAAUCCUUUACUAAAAGGGAAUGAAGAAGUGUAGUUUCCUAAAUGGUUUAUUCCAUAAUUAGCUCACUCUCAGUCUGUGAUUUUAGACUUGUCUCAUGAGGAGAAUUUUACAAAAGCAUUACGGAGUUUUUUUUUUUCUUAUUUUUUUGGAUACUCCAAUUAGCUUCUAAAGUGGCAAAGAUUUCAAUAUGCAUUGAAUAUAAAUAAAAUAUUUGCGAUGGUCCUAUGAUGGGGUCACCAAAAAGCAAAUAGGUGUCUCAAAAGAAGAUAAAACUCUUGAAAAGUUUUCAAGAUUUCAAUUGUCAUUGGAUAUGUGUUAUGCCUUUAUUUUCAUCUAUUAGUUGAGGUGUAAAUAAUUGAGUGAAUAAUAUGUAAAUACCUCAUCUUCAGUUAGCCUACCAGCAGGCACUCAUUAUUAGGUUGAGACCUUGACCACAGCCAGCAAAGAAUCUGGUACUUCUAGUGCAAUAUCUCUCACAGACCUUUCCCAGCUCACCGCAAACUUUUUAACCAUUUAACUCCCAGAUCAAACUUGUAAUUCUUCUCACUGUUGGUCAUACAAUUCUCAUAAUGUUAAUUCAGAGAAUUUAGUAUUAGAUGAACUAGUUAUCUCCAAAUUGAUAGUUUUCUUUAUUCUCAUUACUUAUCUGCUUGAUAAUGUAUUGAUCUUGUAAGGAGAAAUUCUGUCUUGAACACUCAUGGGAGUUAAAAAGUUAAAAGGCAAAGAAAUGCUUGUUUCACAGUGUUAGUCAUGAUGACCUUCUUGUUGGCUAUUCCUAAUUUUUUCAAUGGAAAUCCUUUGGAAAACAAUCAGAGAUUUUUUUUGAUACGAUAUCAAAUUCUGAGCAGUAUAUUAGUAAGGUUUGAUUGCUAGCCAGUGAGGAGAUGUAGCUGUCAGAUCUGAAACUAUUUAAAUUUUACUCUCACUAGGUAGCCAUUGUCUUGCUAUUAUUUUUAAAUAAAAAGUCAAUGAAAGAAACAUGCUUAACCAUUAAGUUUCUUUCAAAAUAGAUAUUAUGUUGUUGUACAUCCCAUUGCAACACGUUUUUGGCAAAAUACAAAUAUAGUUGAAUUCUAUUGCCAAUUAUUUUGGCAGCUAUUUUUGUAUGUCAGAGGUUGUUUAUGAAAGUGUUGUUUGAAAAGGUUUGAUUUGCUGUUUUCUAGCUUGAACUUUAACUACUUUGUAGGCACAAGUGAUUUUUUUCAAUGAUAUAUGUUAAAUUUUACUGCAUGGUUAGGUUUCACUUCAACUGCUAGGGGCAUGAACCUUGGUAUGAAAGUGUUGUUUGAAAAGGUUCAACUUGCUGUUUUCUAGCUUGAACUUAAAUUACUUUGUAGGCACAAGUGAUUUUUUCAAUGAUAUAUGUUCAAUUUCAAUGUAUGGGGAGUUUUCACCUCAAUUACCAGAGCAAUGAACCUUG